AUGUCGGACAAUCCCUUUAAAUAUUUCAUAUGUGGUGGUUUUGCUGGUGUGUGUACUGUUUUAGUUGGCCAUCCUAUGGACACUGUAAAAGUGAGACUGCAAACUAUGCCCUUGCCUAAACCUGGUGAACAGCCGCUAUAUGCUGGCACUUUUGAUUGCAUCAAGAAGACCAUUCAAAAGGAAGGAUUUAAGGGUCUAUACAAAGGAAUGUCAGCACCACUUACCGGAGUAGCCCCUAUAUUCGCCAUCAGUUUUUUCGGUUUUGGACUUGGCAAAAAAUUAAUUAAAUCUGACAUUGACCAACCACUUACAAAGCCAGAGUUGUUUGCUGCAGGUGCGUUUUCUGGUAUUUUCACUACAUCUAUCAUGGCACCUGGAGAACGCAUCAAAUGUCUGUUACAGAUCCAACAAGGUGGUACAGCACCACCUAAAUAUAAGGGUAUGUUGGACUGCGCCAAGCAACUGUAUGCCGAGGGUGGCAUUAGGAGCAUAUACAAGGGAACAAUGCUUACUCUAUUUAGAGAUGUGCCUGCUUCGGGCAUGUACUUCUUUACAUACGAGUCGCUUAAAGAUCUACUAGUACCCCAGGAUGCUGAUAACAAAGUGAAACUACUUGCAACUAUGAUGGCGGGCGGUUGUGCAGGAAUAGCCAACUGGAUAGUAGGUAUGCCAGCUGAUGUAUUGAAAAGUAGACUUCAAACAGCACCAGAGGGAACAUAUCCGAAUGGUAUGAAGGAUGUUUUUCGAGAAUUAAUGGCAAAAGAAGGUCCAACUGCUUUAUACAAAGGUGUUACACCAGUAAUGCUUAGAGCUUUUCCAGCGAAUGCAGCCUGUUUUGUAGGUUUUGAAUUUGCUGCAUCAGUUAUUAACUGGAUUGCUCCUAAUUUUUGA